UCCGUAGCCAUUUUGGCUCAAGCCAUUUUGGCUCAAGUCGCUCAUUGGACCUCAGACGGCGGGAUCAAGUGACGGCCAGGUGUUCCCUCGCACCCAAUGUAUAUUGCGUAUUUCGCACGGGUGGUCUUUACAAUUGUGCCAUCAUGUUUAGCUGUCAGUCAGGUGCACGAGUUGGCAGACUUGUGCUCCUUAUCGUUAGAGGAGGUUCACGAAUGGGUUUCUAGUCUCAAAAGUCUGAAUGUGCUCCCAAGUGGCUCGCCUGAAAUUGUAUUUGAGGAGCCCGUCGCCAGUCUUAUGCAGCCUCCAGUCAAAGCGUUGAGUGAAAGUGGUUACCAUCACCUUGCAAAGAAACAGAAGAACCCCGAUCUCUUACGGAAGCCUAACGUGGAGACAGGGGUGACGAGGAAAGUGUUAGUAAUGAUCGAGAAUGGAAUCAUGCUUCCUUGGGGGCUGGUUGUCAAUAUGACGCAUCGGUUUGAGCUUGGAUAUUUUAAUGAGCUGCAAUGUCUUGAAUACGGACCGCGGUUAGGAAUUAAUCGGGGUACGUGCAGGAGUCGGCCUCCCGACAUGUUGUCGUACCUGAAACCUGCAAAGUCGGGCAUGCAGUUCAGGUGCAAUCAUGCUGGCAGCAUCGUCAGCGUUGCUGAAUCAAUGUACCACGACUUUCACCAUUUUGUUGUAUACACUUUACCGCGAUUGCUAUGGCCAGCAGUCCAGGAGAUACAGUACCCUGCUGAAGUGCUCUGGAGAUUCAGACGUGAGCCAUACCUCAAACAUUGGUUGGAUGCACUUGGCCUGUCAUGGAGGAGCUUCAUUACGUUCUAUGGGGACGCGGGCUUGCUCUUCAAUACGUUAUACAUGCCGCUCUGGCUAGGCUUCGACCACGAACUUACAGACGAUUGCCCCGCGUUCGUGCCUGAGCAAGAUUUGCGCACAUUGCAGCGUUCUGUCCCAGAUCGUGUUGUUCAGGUUGCGACAGAUUCAUCACCGUACUUCUUAUUACUGGACCGCCACGAAACAUCUCGACGAAAAUUGAAACAGUGGGUUCAAGUCUUGAAUAUUGCAAUGGACGCAGUGAAUGCUCAUCCGGCAAGCGACAUGCAGGUCGCAAAUCUUCGGAGUGCCCCUCAAGAUGAUAAGCAAGCCUAUGAGUUGACCAUUGCGAAGAGAGCUCCACAGAAGGGCGAGUCGAUCAAUCCAGGGAAACAUGUUGAGUUUCCGGGGUAUGUGUGCAUGAGGUCAUAUUAUUGUUCAUGUCCGCGGGAAUACAUGUUGAGUUUCCGGGGUAUGAGUGCAGCGUAGACCGUAGCCCGCCCAAAUCCUGCAAGACGUCUAUGUUUUGGAAUGUCGGACCCGAGCUGCAGUGGAGACUUCGUAGUAACUUACUUCAUAAUAUGAUCAACUGAUUCGGAAAUGAAGCAUCGGAGACCGCAACACGGAAUUGCUCAGGCAUUCAAGAGGCCAUGUUUUUCAUACACAC